AUGAGCUUCUGUAGUUCACUGACUGUCUUCCCAGGAUGCUACUGGGGCAGCUACAGCUACCCCCUGGGGUAUAGAUGGUGUGGCUACGUCAGCACCCACUCCCCAGUGGGCUAUGGUUUUGGCUAUGGCUACAAUGGCUGUGGGGUUUUCGACUACAGAAGAUUCUGGCCAUUUGCUCUCUAUUGA